AUGGGAUGGGCUAACAGUGCUAUGUCUCAACUGGACAACCCUGAUGAGCAGGCAGCACAGAUCAGAAGAGAGCUGGAUGGACGACUCCAGAUGGCAGACCAGACUGCUCGGUAUGGCGGAAGGUUUCCCAGGUUUUCCUCCAGAGAGAUGGAGGCAAUGUACAUCGAGGAGCUGCGAUCUUCUGUAAACUUGCUGAUGGCCAACUUGGAGAGCAUGCCGGUGUCCAAGGGAGGAGAAUUCAAGCUACAGAAGCUGAAACGAGGCCACAAUACAGCCAUCAUGGACAUGGGCCAAGAGGAUGAGAACACACUGUCCAAAUCUGAUGUGGUGCUGUCCUUCACCUUGGAGGUGGUGAUAAUGGAGGUUCAGGGUCUGAAGUCAUUGGCUCCAAACAGAAUUGUUUACUGCACUAUGGAGGUGGAGGGAGGACAUAAACUGCAGACGGACCAAGCUGAGGCCUCAAAACCCAUGUAUGUACAGUACAUAAACACACACACUGCAAAAGAAAAUGUCAGUCACCAAUCACACUUCUUUGUGUAA